AUGCCUGGCUCAUGCGCAGGCGCAGAAGGAAUCUGUCGCUCCAUCCUCAGGGCGCGCCCUUCACCCCUUACCCCCUCCCUUUCCGGCCUUCUUCCAAUGCGCAGGCGCAUAGAGUGUACCAACAUGGCGGCCCCCGUGGAUCUGGAGUUGAAGAAGGCCUUCACAGAGCUUCAAGCUAAGGUUAUUGACACUCAACAGAAAGUGAAGCUUGCAGAUAUCCAGAUUGAACAACUGAACAGAACGAAAAAGCAUGCGCAUCUUACAGAUACAGAAAUUAUGACUUUGGUAGAUGAGACUAACAUGUAUGAAGGUGUAGGAAGAAUGUUUAUUCUUCAGUCCAAGGAGGUAAUUCAUAAUCAGCUGUUGGAGAAACAGAAGAUAGCAGAAGAAAAAAUUAAAGAACUAGAGCAGAAAAAGUCCUACCUGGAGCGGAGUGUUAAGGAAGCUGAGGACAACAUCCGAGAGAUGCUGAUGGCACGAAGAGCACAGUGAGCCUCUAAGACACUCUCCCUUUAGACCCCUGUCGUCUUGGCAAGGGUGGAAGGACCUGUGCAGCCUGGCAGCCUCUUUUCACCCAAGUGGACAUUUCAACUGGUUGGGCCAGAAACCAACCCUACAUUUUCUGUAUUGCCCUGAGCCACUUUCGGGUUCUGCUCUGUAUAUUCCCCCAGCUUUGCUGUCCUGGAUGCUUAUCUCUCUGAAGUGAUCCAUAAAUUCCCAGAGCGGGAAGAUAGGAGCCAGGGUAGAGGGCAGGGCCUAGGUGACCCUGCCAUAGAAGAUAGGCCAAUAAAAGAUUUCUGUCUCGUU